GCCCAUCUCUUGCUAUCAGCGACAAGGCAAAUAAUUUAUAGACACAAGAAACACACAAACUAUUUGGAAACGCCCAAAGGGACCCCACCGAGUGCCACUUACUAUCACGAUUAUCUGUGGGACGACUAGAAAUAGCUCUCCAGUUCCCAACACGGUAACAGUCCGCGGGAGAACAUAACCUCUGUCCGCGGGAUCAGGACUAUAAAGCCGGCCUGUAUUCGGUUUCCAGGGGGACAAUGGGGAACGGAAGGCCCUGAGAGAUUGUUACGUCGCCAGGCACGCCUCUCAGGACGGCCACUUGUGUGUUUUGAAACGCUAGCCUUGUGCGCCGCCUCGAGGGGCGAAAGGUUUAAUACGCGCAGUUGGAAGUUAGAAUUGCCAGAAUACCGCGCGGGUUGAGGGCGAACUCAGACGGAUAUACACGGGCGGUGGAGCUGCGAGGAGCGGCCAGAAGAAGGUCGGAGAACCCAGUCAACAUGUCCGCGGACAGGCCGUCCUCAGCGCCCGGGGCUGUCGUCAGGAGGGGUUCCACCAAGCUGCACAGGAAGGGCAGCAAAACAUCCUCCUUCAAGGAGAAGAAGAGGAGAUUAUCGACGUCUUGUUGUCAGGGUGCGACGUUCAAGCUGGAUGGAUCCACGGCACACCGCGACCUCCACGUGUCCAAGGACGGCUUGACAGUUUACUACACUUCAGGGAAGUCAGAAGACAGGACAAAUGAAGAUAUUGUGGAAUCCGGCCGGUUCUAUGACGUCCCCUACAGCGUGAAUGCGGUCGUCCUGGGUGAUCUACCUGUCGCUAGGGGGCGCCACUACUGGGAGGUGACGGUGGGGAACAGCACGUUGUACCGGGUGGGUGUGGCCUUCCCCACGACCCCCCGCGACGAGUGCCUGGGUGAGAACGACUCGUCCUGGUGUCUGAGCUGCUCCAGCCACAUCACCGCCAAACACGACCGGAUCAACGAUGACGUCAGGGUGACGUCACGUCCGGGUCAGAUCGGCGUGUAUCUGGACUACGAGAUCGGGACUCUGUCGUUCUUCGACGCGGAGAGAAGAAAACACUUGUACUCCUUCCACUCGCACUUCAAGGAGACCGUGGUGCCGGCCUUCGCCGUGUGGAACGGGUCAUUGACCGUACGGUCAGGGAAACUGGAGGUGGAGUACGCCAUGUGACGUCACCAUAUCAGGACAACCGACGUUCAACAU